GUUAUUGGCCCAAUGUAUAAAACAACAUUGGCGAAAUAUUUGGAUUGGGCCAAUGCUUCUCCAAUGCAUUUAUUUUAGAAAAUGGAGUUUGCUAUCAUGCAUUUUAUAAAUGAUAACUCUGUAGCAAUUGUACCAGUGAAGUGGAUUGUCAAUGUGAAUUUCUGUUACUGGCCCCCUUAUCGUGGUAGUCGAUUAGAAAACUCUAUACAAAAAAAAGAAGAGCCCAAAUUAUCUUGGGAACAGCUGCCAGCUAGAUCAUUACAUUUAUAUGCAAGCCAUGAAAAAGCACAUCAAAAUUUAAAACAAGCGGAGUUAGAUACCUCAGCUCUUGACACAGAUCAUGAUGAACAAAUUUCUAUGUCAAAAAAGCGCCGAAAAAAUUUUUCAUUGUCUAAUGAAGAACAUAUUGAGGACAAUCAUACAAAGCUUAAAUGUCCGAAUGUUCCACCAGGACUGGCAAACCCUUUAGUAAAAUCACUUGUUCAGCCUAAUAAGCUCACAUUUCAUCCUAGGCUAAGAAAUACCAAUAAUACAACUAAACCAUUUCAGGCAGUAGUAUCAAAUACAAUUUCAGGGGAGAAUAUAAUAAUGGAUUCAUCAGCAAGUUGUGAGAUCGCUUUCCCAGAAAAAAGAAAUCAGGAGUUAAAUAUGUCUGAUGAAGAAAAUGAAGAUUUCACGAUACAUUCUUGCACAGCUAAAUCACCAGAAACUGAGAAUUUGAUUGAUCAAGCUCAGCCAAAUUUUAGUUUGUAUUCCCAAUUUAAAAGCAUCACUAAUUCAUCUCCGUCAACCCCAAAUGCAAUCUCAGGAAUACUUCCAAAAGAUCUGCAUGUGAUUCUAAGCAGACUUGCAUCAAUAGAGACAAAGCAGGCCAUGCAUUCACAAAUUUUGAAUUCAAUCCUUAAUGCUGUAACUCAGCAUAAAAGUUAUGAUACUUUGCCUGAAGGCAUAAAUCUUCCUCUUGAUUGUAUACAAGAAUUAAAAGAUUUUGAUGAGAAACUAAAAGAAAAUAGCACUUUCAAGUUAUUAGUUAAUCAUCUUGCUCAAAUUGGUGGAAGAAAUAUUGGUGAUACAACGCGUAGAUUGUUAAGAACACUUUUCUCAAAAGGGUUAUCGUUGCAAUUAAACUUUGCCGGUAGGAGUGGAAAAGUUGGAAUCGGCAACAUCAAAAUAACUUCUCUUAUUGUCAGUGUUGUUAAGAAAAACAAGUUAUUGAGUGACGUCACUACUUCAAGUGUUGAACAACUUGUAAAGAUUUGGCUUAGGCAGUCCUGCGACCGCGAAGGAGGCAGAAAUGAUCCAGAACGAGGGAUCAUGUUUGCUGACGAUACAAAUCUAUUUCUUACUAACAGUGAUAUCAAGAAUUUAUAUGCAGACAUGAAUAUCGAACUAAUUAAAGUAAAUAAUUGGUUUAGAGCUAACAAACUCUCGCUUAACUCAGAGAAAACAAAAUAUAUAUUAUUCCAUAAAAAGGCGCAAGAAGAAAACCUUCCUCUUAAGUUGCCUGACCUUAUCCUAAAUGAUAACUUAAUUAAAAAACAAGCCAGCAUUAGAUUCUUAGGAGUUCUUGUUGAUGAGAAGCUAUCCUGGCUUCCUCAAAUAAGAUAUAUUCAAUCUAAAAUCAGUAAUAUAAUUGUCAGUAAUGUGAGUAAUAAAUGGCAUAACAAAUCACCUGGUUUAUCAAUGUUACAAGGGGAAGCCGAUCAUGCACCCUUCGAAAAAGUUAGCACACCAUUUCACACAGAAAGUGGUAAUAACUGUUACUAUGGUAAUUAA